CGAAUGUCGUUGUAUUGUAAAUUAGUGGCAACGCUCGCACCAAAUACACACGCUGUCGCUGAAUUUGUCAUUUUCCGGUCGUCAGGCGUUCGCGCGAGUUUUAGCGAGUGUGUUGAGAAAAGAAUUGUAUAAAGAAAAAAUAAAAUAAAAAAAAGCAACGCUAAAUAGUGCUAUUUAAUUAAGUUAUAAUUGACAAUAGAAACCACACAGCAAACUGAACAAAAUGGCAGACAAGGAUGUUAAAAUGGACACGAACGGCGAAGACUUCACCAAGGAUGUGACCACCAAUGAUGUGGCCAGCUCGGAAAAUGGCGAUGCGUCCCCCACAACCGGCGGCGCUGCAAAUGGCAGCUCCGAUAAUGCAGGCGCUGCGGGUAACCAGCGUGAUGACGACAGAAAACUUUUUGUUGGUGGCCUCAGUUGGGAAACGACUGAAAAGGAACUGCGCGAUCAUUUUGGCAAAUUCGGUGAGAUCGAGAGCAUUAAUGUGAAGACAGAUCCACAGACGGGCAGGUCACGUGGCUUUGCCUUCAUUGUGUUUACCAACACUGAGGCAAUUGACCAAGUUAGCGCCGCCGAGGAGCACAUUAUCAACAGCAAGAAGGUUGAUCCCAAAAAGGCCAAGGCCCGUCAUGGCAAAAUCUUUGUGGGUGGCCUCACAACAGAGAUCAGCGAUGAGGAAAUCAAAACCUACUUCAGUCAGUUUGGCAAUAUUGUUGAGGUGGAGAUGCCAUUCGACAAGCAAAAGUCACACCGCAAGGGAUUCUGCUUUAUCACCUUUGAUUCGGAGCAGGUGGUAACGGAUCUGUUGAAGACGCCCAAACAGAAAAUCUCCGGCAAGGAAGUUGAUGUGAAGCGUGCGACGCCAAAACCAGAGAACCAAAUGAUGGCAAUGCGAGGUGGAGCGCGAGGUGGCAUGCGGGGUGGUCGUGGUGGAUACGGACGUGGUGGUUACUCCCAUCAAUGGGAUGGCCAGGGUUCGUAUUCGGGAUAUGGCGGCUAUGGCGGUUAUGGAUCGGGCGGUUUUGCCGAUUACUAUGCCGGUGGCUACUAUAAUGGAUAUGACUAUGGUUAUGGCGGUGGCGGCGGCGGUGGUGGUGGCGGUGGCGGUUUCAAUGGCGGUGGCAAGCAGCGUGGCACAGGACGCCAGCCCCGACAUCAACCCUAUUAAACGGGAUUCCCCUACUUAUAUACAAAAGAAAAAAAAAACGAAAAAAAAUAUGAAAAAAGGAAACAACUGCAAACUAUUUGAAUUUUACUUAGUUUAGUUUGUUAUGCAUACAACAAUACAACAAACAUACACGCAUACACACGCAUCGCCUCCAUAUAAUAAUAAUAAAAAUACAUAGUCUAUAAAGCGACUGCAGACAAACCUCAUAUUUCUCAUGGCAACAGUCGUCUCUGCAAACAUUAAACACACCACACAAACUUGUUGUGUAGCCACCAUUCCAA